UUUGACCCGGUGUGUUCUGCUAAACAUCCGGGCUACAUGUGCGGUAUGGUGGGGAAGAUGGCGGCAUUGGUCCUCCCUACUGACUGGAUCAAAAACUGGGAAAAAUCGGGAAAAAGCGAGUUUCUUCAGCUAUGUCGGAAUCUGUCAGAUAGACCCGAUGAUGUGUCACAGAAAGAGCUCCAAGCUGCCCUCUAUGACCUCUCCUCGCACGUCAUCCGCGGAACCCUGAAGCUGGAACUGGCCGCUAGCGCCCUGGCUGACGUCAUGGAGCUGCGAGAAGAUAUGUCAUCCAUUUUAGCAGAUGUCUUCUGUGUAUUAGAUAUUGAAACUGGCUGCUUGGAAGAAAAAUCCAAACGUGACCAUUUUACUCAGUUGGUGGGAGCCUGCUUGUUCUUCGUGUCAGACGCUGUCCUGAAGGAGCGGCUGGAUCCCGAGACACUGGAGACCCUGGGCCUCAUCAAGCAGGCCCAGCAGUUCAACCAGAAGAUCGUCAAGAUCAAGACUAAGCUGUUCUACAAGCAGCAGAAGUUCAACCUGUUACGGGAGGAGAAUGAGGGCUAUGCUAAGCUGAUCACUGAGCUGGGUCAGGACCUUUCAGGCAGCAUCACCAGCCACCUCAUGCUGGAGAGCAUCAAGUCGCUCAUAGGUUGCUUCAACCUGGACCCCAACCGCGUGCUGGACAUCAUCCUGCAGGUGUACGAGUGUCGCUCCGACCAGGACGAGUUCUUCCUGCCUCUCAUUAAAUCCUACAUGUGCGAGCAUCAGACUCUCUGCCACAUCCUGGGCUUCAAGUUCAAGUUCCACCAGGAGCCUAAUGGGGAGACACCAUCGUCGCUGUACCACGUCGCCGCUGCUCUCCUUCAGCACAACCUCAUCCAGCUGGACGACCUCUACGUGCACCUGCUCCCCUCGGACGCCAGCAUCGUGGAGGAGCAUAAACGCCAGAUCCUGGAGGCCAAGCAGAUCGCCCGCAAGCUCAACAUGGUUGUGGUGCCGUCGGAGAAGACCGAGGACAAGGAGAAAGAGAGGGAGAAAGAGGAGGAGAAGAGUGAGAAGCCUCCUGACAACCAGAAGCUGGGUCUGCUAGAGGCCCUGCUGUGCAUCGGCGACUGGCAGCAUGCUCAGAGCAUCAUGGAGCAGAUGCCUGCCUUCUACGCCACCUCGCACAAGGCCAUCGCUCUGGCUCUCUGCCAGCUGCUGCACCUCACUGUGGAACCUUUGUACCGCAGAGCGGGGGUUCCCAAGGGAGCCAAGGGCAGCCAGCUGCGCCCCCUGCAGGGCGAGCGGGUGCCGCGGCCCGCCGAGACCUUCGAGGACCUACGGAGGGAGGUGUUCAGCAUGCUGGGCUACCUGGGCCCUCACAUGUCACAUGACCCCAUCCUGUUUGCCAAGGUGGUGCGGCUGGGCAAGGCCUUCAUGAAAGAGUACCAGAACGAGAGCAGAGCGGAGCACAAGGAGAAAAUGGACACCUUGCUGAGCUGUUUCCUCAGCAUCGCCGACCAGGUGCUGCUCCCUUCGCUUACCUUGAUGGAGUGCAACGCCUGCAUGUCCGAGGAGCUCUGGGGCCUCUUCAAGCUCUUCCCUUACCAGCACAGGUAUCGACUGUACGGGCAGUGGAAGAACGAGACCUACAGCAGCCACCCGCUGCUGGUCAAAGUGAAAGCCCAGACUGUGGAUAGAGCCAAGUACAUCAUGAAGCGGCUGACCAAGGAGAAUGUGAAGCCCUCCGGACGGCAGAUCGGCAAGCUGAGCCACAGCAACCCCACCAUCCUGUUUGACUACAUUCUGUCACAAAUUCAGUGGUACGACAACCUCAUCACGCCAGUGGUGGACUCGCUGAAAUACCUCACUUCGCUCAACUACGAUGUGCUGGCGUACUGCAUCAUCGAGGCGCUGGCCAACCCCGAGAAGGAGAAGAUGAAGCACGAUGACACCACCAUCUCAUCCUGGUUGCAGAGUCUCGCCAGCCUCUGCGGGGCUGUUUUCAGGAAGUACCCCAUCGAACUGGCCGGCCUCCUGCAGUACAUCACCAAUCAGCUGAAGGCGGGCAAGAGUUUUGAUCUGUUGAUCCUGAAGGAGGUGGUCCAGAAGAUGGCGGGGAUUGAGAUCACCGAUGAGAUGACUGUGGAGCAGCUGGAGGCGAUGACUGGUGGGGAGCAGCUGAAAGCAGAGGGUGGCUACUUCGGCCAGAUCAGAAACACCAAGAAGUCCUCCCAGAGGCUGAAGGAGGCACUGCUGGAUCAUGAACUGGCGCUGCCUCUCUGCCUGCUGAUGGCCCAGCAAAGGAACGGCGUCAUCUUCUCCGAAGGGGGCGAGAAGCACCUCAAGCUGGUGGGGAAGCUCUACGACCAGUGCCAUGACACGUUGGUCCAGUUUGGUGGCUUCCUGGCCUCCAACCUGAGCACGGAGGAUUACAUCAAGCGCGUGCCCCCCGUGGAUGUCCUGUGUAACCAGUUCCACACGCCCCAUGACGCCGCUUUCUUCCUGUCCCGGCCCAUGUACGCCCACCAGAUACUGUCCAAGUACGACGAGCUGAAGAAGGCAGAGAAAGGCAAUCGGCAGCAGCAGAAAGUGCACAAGUACAUCACCGCCUGCGAGCAGGUGAUGGCGCCGGUGCACGAGGCGGUGGUAUCGCUGCACCUACCCAAGGUGUGGGAUGAUCUGAGGCCCCAGUUCUACGCCACCUUCUGGUCGCUCACCAUGUACGACCUGGCCGUGCCCCAUAACGCCUACGACCGGGAGGUCAACAAGCUCAAGGUGCAGAUGAAAGCCAUUGAUGAGAACCCCGAAAUGCCCAUGAACAAGAAGAAGAAGGAGAAGGAACGCUGCACGGCCCUGCAGGACAAGCUUCUGGAGGAAGAGAAGAAGCAGCUGGAGCAUGUGCAGAGGGUCCUUCAUCGCCUCAAGCUGGAGAAGGACAACUGGCUGCUGGCCAAGUCCACCAAGAACGAGACAAUCACCAAGUUCCUACAGCUGUGUGUCUUCCCUCGCUGCAUAUUCUCAGCCAUGGACGCGGUCUACUGCGCUCGCUUUGUGGAGCUGGUGCACCAGCAGAAGACCCCUAACUUCUGCACUCUGCUCUGCUAUGAUCGAGUGUUCUCCGACAUCAUCUACACGGUGGCCAGCUGUACGGAGAACGAGGCGCGUCGCUACGGCCGAUUCCUGUGCUGCAUGCUGGAGACGGUGACCCGAUGGCACAGCGACCGCGCCAUCUACGAAAAGGAGUGCGGCAAUUACCCAGGGUUCCUCACCAUCUUCCGAGCCACCGGCUUUGAUGGUGGGAAUAAGGCUGACCAGCUGGACUACGAGAACUUCAGACAUGUCGUUCACAAAUGGCAUUACAAAUUAACGAAAGCAUCCGUGCACUGCCUGGAGACGGGCGAGUACACGCACAUCCGCAACAUCCUCAUCGUGCUCACCAAGAUCCUGCCCUGCUACCCCAAAGUGCUGAACCUGGGCCAGGCGCUCGAGUGCCGCGUCCAUAAGAUCUGCCAGGAGGAGAAGGAGAAGAGGCCUGACCUCUAUGCGUUGGCCAUGGGCUAUUCUGGCCAGUUGAAAGGCAGGAAAGCACACAUGGUCCCUGAGAACGAGUUCCACCACAAGGAGCAGCCGGUGCGCAGUGCCACCCCGGCCAACCUGCAGAACGGCCCAGGCAAUGCCGGGAAGCCCAGCGCCGGUACCGCUAACGCUGGCAAGCCAGAGGAGGGCGCCGUAGAGGAUACCGACAAACCCAAGGACAAAGCUCAGGGGGCUCUAAAACCGGCCAACAAAGCCAACAGCACGACAAGCAAAGUCCCCACCAGCAAUGGCAAUGGCGCCCCCAACAGCACCAAGGCUGUGAAGGAGAAGGAAGAUAAAGAAAAAAGUGGGAAGGAGAAAAAGGAGAAGAAGGAGAAGACACCAGGCAGCACUCCAGAGGCCAAAGCGACAGGCAGGGAGAAGCAGAAGGAGGAGAAGGCGCGUGACAGCAAGGAGAAGACGCCCAAGGCAGACAAGGACAAGCUGAAGAAGGAAGAGAAGAUGGAUAAGACCAAGGGUGGCGGUAACCCCGACUUCAAAGCCUCUGACAAGGAGCCCUCCAAGGAGAAGGAUGUGGCUAAGGUGAACAGCAAGGGGGAGAAGAGUACCCUAGCUGGGGCCUUGAAGUCUCCUGUUCCCCGGUCGGAGUCCGCUGAGACUGAGCGGGAACAAAAAAGACGAAAGCUUGAUACCCACGCCUCACCGUCACACUCCUCCACUGUUAAGUCUCCUGCUGUCUGCCAACCCUUCCAGCUCAUCUGUCAUCUCCAUUCAUUCCUACAGGACGGUCUCAACGAACUCAAGGAUUCUGCCUCAAAGCAGCACUACGCCAACCACAGCACAGCUACUCAGUCCAAAAGCAAAGAGAGGGAGGUGGAUAAGAAAGAAGCAGAGAAACCCAGAGAUCGGUCCAAAGAAAGGGAGAGGAAGGAGGAUAAAGACAGGAAGGACAGGAAGCGAGAUUAUUCCAACAGUGACCGUGAGCCGAGUCAGGAAAUGAAACGGCGGAAAGAUGAGAACGGAACCGGCUCCUCCAAGCACAGCAGGAGUACCAGCCCCUCCACCUCCCCACGCGCCAAUGUCACUGACAAGGAGAGAAGCAAGAGCUCCAAGUCCUCCACCAAGGAAAAGAGUGACCUGGCCAAGGCUGAGAAGAACUCCUCUGGUGGCAAGAAGGAGUCCAGGCACGACAAGGAGAAAUCUGAUAAGAAGGAGAAGCGCGAUGGUACCGGGGCGAAAGACGACAAAAAACAUCAUAAAUCGUCAGAGAAGCACAGAUAAUGUACAGUGGUCCUGCCAAAGAAUUCCUUGCUGCGGGCUGCUACAGUCUGGAGAGCCACUUUUACUCAACAUUUGCAACGUGUCUGCUUCUUGUUUCACUUCCUAUCCUGUCAAUCUGUCUGAAAAGAACCAUCCAUUUUGACAAUUGCUCCCUUCAUUGAUAUUUUUUGUACUGCCUAAAAGGGGUCUAGUUCUAGUAUUUUAACUUGCUAUCCUGUAUCUUACACUGUAUUUUCAGUAAACAGCUGAAAGUCUUUUCUUUGAAUAUUAGCACAAUGUGCUGCUCACAUAACAAAAUUUGAGUACAAACAAGUAUUGAAUACUCUGACUUGCUGUCCUCAAACCUGCCUGCUUUUGUAUAAUUUCUCAAUUGACUUUUUUUUUUAAUAGCAAUCAACAAUACAUUUCCCAUCUCUGCAUUUACCUCAUUUAGAUUCCGAUUUUUAUUUAUUUUUUUCCUCCUUUUAAUCCAUGUAUGUGGUAUUUAGGCAUAGUGUUUGGAACAAUACAAUUGGUCUAUUUGUAUAUUAUGUAUACAAUAAUAAAAUGGUUACAUGUAAUUAAAAUUUGUUACUUUUAUUUCAAAUGUCCCUAGCUUAAUCGGUUGUGUGUGUGCGUGUGUGCAUUUAUCAUGUUUUUAAAUGAUUUGUAUAAAUGAAUAAAGUUGCAUUUCUUCACUAAGCAAUUAAAUAGAUUGUAAAACUUCAAAAGCUUUGUACUGCAUAGUCAAACUUUCAGAACUACUUUUUGGAGUUUUUAUCUGCUGUAUUCUUCCAGUGUAAUGCUUUUUUUUCUAAAUAAAUGAUAGUUUUCCUAGUGGGUCAUAAAA